AUGCCGGCUGUGGAGAUACGGGAUGGGAACGCGGACGUCUACGCCGGUCUGGAUCCGCACAACCUCUCCACGAUAAUAGGCCGCUACGACACCAUCGGGCUCGGCCUCGCCCUCGGGGCUGGCAUUUCUUUCUUCUUAGACAGCGAAGGCCUCACCAUCGACAACGUCCUCAACUACCACGUCGUCCUCGCCAACGGGAGCAUCGUCGACGCCAACGCAACCAGCAACCCAGACCUCUUCUGGGCUCUCAAAGGCGGCAACAACAGCUUUGGCGUCGUCACACAUUUCGACCUCCGCGUCCUGCACACCCCCGGCGACGUCUACGGCGGCAUCAUCUUAUACCCCGAGUCCUCGCUCGACAUUUUGCCGGCGCAAGAACAGCGCAUUCUCUCCGUGUACGCCGACGUCCAGCCGUACAAGGAUAUCCUGGAGCACCACCGCCGGUUCCUGCAGCGGUUUCAUGUCGGCGCCUGGUUAAUGCUUCCAUGUAGGAUGCUCACGUACUCUGGGUGGAAUCAAGAUGCCAUCGCGAUAUGGAGAGAAGAGCGUGGCAUUGCGUGAGGUGCAGGGCUUGUAUGAUCCCACGCAGGUCUUUCGGCGCCUGGUUCCGGG